AUGAGUGCCAAAGCCAAGAAGAAACACAGGGGCUUUGGGCCGACUGCACCCCCGUUCCUGGACUAUCUCAAAGACAUCCUGCGACGCUACCCUGACGGCGGACAGAUCCUUAAGGAACUGAUUCAAAAUGCUGAUGACGCCAACGCCACUGAAGUCAGAUUCAUCCACGACGACAGAAGCUACGGGACACAGAGCCUCUGCAACCAACACUUGGCAAAAUACCAAGUGCUACAGUUGGUACAGAAGAGCCCGUGGAGUGAUAUAGAUUCAUACAAUAUCCACCAUAUGCACAGUUGA